CGGCUCACGGCAAUGCUCUAGGCCGGGGCGAUCGAAAAAUGCCAAUUUGCCAAUAUCCCUUCAUCGAUUCUCCCAACAUCGCCAUCGUCUAGGAUGGAGGAGCAGCUGAAGGAGCUUCUGCCUUUCUUACGCGACCGAAACGUUCAAGUUCGACAAUUAGCACUCUCAAAUCUCGUCUCGCAGACUCCAAAAGGCUCGCCACACAGAAGCAUCUUCUUUUCGGGCCAGUCUGGAGGUCUGAGCAAGCCAAAUGAGAGCGAUGUUAUUCGGGAUUUGAAGCUUCUCUGCAGGGAUCAGUUGACCGUUGCACACGAUGCAUUCAGAGCUCUUGUCAAUCUAUCUGACGCCCCGAUGCUACUAUCUUCUCUAUCGGAACCAUCGUUUUUGAAUUUCAUCGUUUCCUACAUCAUAAAUCCUCAAUCAAUAUGUGCAGACCUUGCUGCCAUGUUACUCUCCAAUCUCUCUGCAUCCUCGAGCGCAUGCGCUACCCUUUUAUCCAUGAAGGUCACUGUCAUUGCAGACGAAAAAGUCCAGAAUGGCUUCUUCGCAACGCAAUCGCGUUCAGGGUCAUGUGCUGUUCCAGUACCUUAUCCGACAGAGAAAGAGCAAGAAAUCCUUGCGUUGCCGUUACUGCUGGAUGCGUUUGUACAGGGUGCACAAGUAGAUGGUAUUCAAGACUUAUCAAAACGAUCCCGGAAAGGAAGUUUACAUUUCUUGGCGAGUGUGUUCGGGAAUUUGACUUCGUCUCCGACAGGACGCGAACAUUUCUUGACACCGCGACCUUCGAAUCCAUUGAAACCUGAUUCGGAGCUUGAAUACCCGCUUGCAAAGAUAGUUUCCUUUACGGAGCACAAGGAUAUUAUCCGACGUGGCGGAGUCAUUUCCGUGUUCAAAAACUGCGCUUUCAAUGCUCGAGCCCAUAAAGCUAUCCUAAGCCCAGAAACUGAACGUGUCGCAGUGUCCCCAUCAACUAUAAAAGCCCCUGGUAUCAGUGCUCUGCCCUAUCUUUUGUUGCCCCUCGCCGGGCCUGAGGAAUUUGAUCUGGAGGUAAGAUUCCGCUAUAAGUCCUUCAAUCUUGUAAUCCUGACAAUCUUGGGGAUACCAGGACCAAGAAAGGCUACAUCCAUCUCUCCAAUUCCUACCCCCAGAAAAAACUCGCGAACCCGAUCGAACUCUCCGUCUAACGCUUAUCGAAGCGUUCUUGCUCCUCUCUCACACUCGAUGGGGACGUGAUUUUCUUCGAGCCAAUGGGGUUUAUGAGAUCAUUAAGGUUGCACAUGAGGUAGAAAGCGUUGACAAGAUAUCUGAACACAUGGAACGCCUUGUUAUGUUGAUCAAGGGCGAUGAGCCCUCUCAGGGACCUUCGGAAGAGGAAGAAUUCGACCUGGCGACUAACAGAAAUAGACUGGAGAUUGAGGGAAUCACAUCAUCAUCAUCAUCAAAGCAGGAUGUAGAUGUAGAUGAGGAGGAAGACGGACCUGCGAUUGGGUCACUGGUCGCUGAUGAAGUCGACGAAAAUGAUAUGAUUGAAGAAAUAUGAUUGUUUUGAAGCCCAGGCUAGGGCAGUCGUUCAUAAUUAGGUGAAACAAGGCGCACUGCUACCCCCUAAUCUCAAGCAAGGGCCACUACCACGUUGAAUCCAUGGAGAUGGUUUGAAAGUAGGACACGAUCCUUGCAAUUCUGUGACGUGCGGCGUAGAUUCGGAAUACAUGGUUACAUCUCAAGUGAAUUGACGGGUGAAAGGCUCGAACAUGCAUCUCUUCACUGACAGCCCCAUCGGGGCUGUCCCCGUUUCCACUCUGAUUGUUUUCAACUUUUUUUUUCUUUAGUUGGAUCCCCCCUAAACGGCUCGUUGGUACGAUUAGCCACCCCCGAAAUUUGCCGGGAUCUUAUGCACCUUGUAACGAUGGACCUGUGUCUGAUGGACAGGAAUCGACACUCCAACUGACUUGCGAGCGUCCCGUCAGUUCUUCGAGAUGCUCUACUCAGUACUGUAGUGCUUUGGUCUGGCCAAGGGGACCCAUUCCAGAACUCUACAUCGCCUGAAAGCCUAUAAAUCCAUUAAUUGUGCUUCCGCCCAUCGUGGGAUGGCUGUCGACGUCGCUUACUUGGCAAUCUUGGUACGGCUAUUCUGGGCUGAGUUGCCCUCAAAUUGAAUAGUCCCUUGUUAGCCUUGUUCGUUACCAUUGUUACAUUGAACCUGUUACUUGGCAUUUUUAACUUGUUCUCCACUUGUUUCUAUGGCUACAUCUUCACUGGGAGCGCCUAUCAGACGUUGUCAGCACCCUCUUUUACUCGUAUAUAUACCCUGCACUCAUGAUUCCGA